AAGAACAACACAACACGAAUGUUUUUCUUGAAAUUACAAAAGCGCAAGCGCAAAUAACAAAAACAGCUGUUUAUAUAAUAAUAUUUAUUAAAAUGCAAAAUAUUUUUUAAAUGUUUCCAAUUUACGAUAUCAGAAAUAAUUACAGUUAUGUAUGUCGUUGACACAUCUGUAGGGAGUAUCGAAACUAUGAAAAUAACUGUAAUAAAUUCAACGGGGGCCUAUUGGGUUGUGGAUGUUCUACCUGAAUUUACCAUAGAUAAACUAAAAUUAAUGGCUCUAAGUCACUUUUUUAAUCCGAUAGACAGCAUUAAAGUAUCUGAUCGUUAUAAAUUGAUCCUUGUAUCCCAAAAUCGACCUCUUGCUGAUGAAAGCACUAUCAGAGAUGAAGAAGUUAGGGAGAAUGAUGAAUUAUUGUUAUUAAGAAGGAGGCCUUUAUUAGUGCCAUUAGGUGAAAGUCAGGAAGAGAAAGAAGAGAAAUGUCGCGGCCCGACUGACCUAGAAAUUCAGAAGGAGACGUGCCAUCUUCUUUCGAAAAACAACGAUGCUACCAUUGAAAGUCCUCCUGUGCCUGUUGAUUUCCACACAGAGCUUAGAAAAAUACUUGUCUCUCUAGUAAUAGUAUCUGAAAAAUUACUGCGAUAUCAUCCAGAAGUUGUUGCACUAUUUAAAGAAAUGGCAGAAGGUGAUGAAGUUAGAGAAGAUGAAAUUACUGUGGAUAGGACUUCUUUGAAGCAGCUGAUGGACAUGGGUUUUGCUGAAACCCAAGCCAUUGAAGCAUUAAAACAGAAUAGUAAUGUAUCGGAUGCUAUGGAUUGGCUGUUGGCGCAAUCAGUUGAAAGUACUUCGAUAAGUAGUCCAGCUCCAACUAAAUCUAGUUCACCUACUCAUAUAAAAAAAUUUGCAAAAUUUUCAGUUUCCAAAUUAGUGGAAAAAGUGGAAAAAACACUUCCAACAUCAACACCUACUCCAAAGCCUGAAAUCGAAAUGCCAAGUACUUCUCAUGGAAGUGGUUCAACCAAUAGUGAACAAAGUAGGAUUGUAGAAAUGAUUCGAUGCUUUCGAGCCUAUAAAAGAAAAGUUUUUAGACCUAGUGCUACUGCACUAUCGAAUUUGAAAGAAAUGGGCUUUGCAGAAGCAGAUAUAUUAGAUGCCUUAAGAAUAAAUGGAAAUAAUCAAGAUACUGCUUGUGACUGGCUUUUGAGUGAUAAAAAGCCAAAUUUUGAAGAUGUUGAAGAGGGAUUAGAUCCUGAUGGCCCAAUCUAUAAGUCCAUAAUGUCUAAUCCUGUAGUGCAGCUGGGCUUAAGUAAUCCUAAGACAUUCCUAGCCCUCCUUCAUAUGCUAGAGAACCCUACAAGUGCUUGUCGCUGGCUGAGCGAUCCAGAUACGGCUCCCAUACUUAGUCAAAUUUUCCGUAUUUAUCAUGCAGAGAAACAUUCAUUACAGUUAGCCAGGCCAUUCCCACAGUAACAUCAAUCUGUGUACUUCAAAAGUGUAAAUAGCUUUCAUGUAAAAGUACAAGCUGACUUUUUACUAUAGUAAGAGACUGAAUAAAAUGUAUAUUUAAGAAAUUCUAUUUAUUGUAUAGAUGAAAGUUUUGAAAAGAAUCAAGUAAUGUUAGUACAUGUAUAAAGCUCUCUAAUUUAGGAAGAAAAAAAUUUGCUAUUUAUUUCUUUUUCAUUGUGUAUAUUAAGGUUUGUACUUAAAUUAACUCUAAAGUUAUUCUAUAGUUUUUUAAUGAAAAUGUAGAUCAGUAAUACCAUACCUUCUUAAAAUUUCAUUUCCUGAUUGAAGACAAAUUUUAAUGUAACAUAGUAUAUUUAACUGUAUAUAGUCAUUUUUUUUUUAUAUAACUGAAACAUUAUGCAUUGAAUAUUGGCAUUUUAUCAACACACUUCUUUAACAUUUAUAAAAACACUUUUUAAUCUGUUGCGUAGUAAAGGUACGUUCUGAGUUAAAAGGUAAUUACGACAGCUAUUCUUUAAGUUAGAGCUUCUAAAUUCCAUUUUAUAUUUUCUAAUGAAUAAUGCCAAAAAGUAUAUUCAAAUAGACCCAGAACGAGACGUUUUAUCGUAAUUCGAUGAGUCGGAGAGCUCUGCUAGUUUGUGGUUGAGUCAUUAAAGGAUGAUAAGCCUGUUUCUAUCUAAAUUGAAUGCAACUUUUGACUAUAAUCAUUACAAAAUAUUUAAAAUUAAAUUAAAAUUAUGUUGAUUGAGACAACAAAAAAAAGUACAAGUUAGAAUGUGCACUAACAGUCCACCCAUAAUGGGUUGGUAUGCAAUGACAUUUUUGACCUAUGGGUUAGUAUGCUAUUCUCAAUCCUUUAGAUGUGCCACCCCUUACAGUUAUGGCCAUUAGUUUUAAUUUGUUACUAAUUAAAUAAGGUUUGAAAUGUACUAACUAGUAUAUUUCAGGGAAACAUCAGGAAAUUAUAAACAAAACAUAGCUUUUAAUGAAAAACUACUUUAGUUAGUUAAAAGGUAGAAAAUAAAUUUUAAUAAAUCAACAAAAUAAUGCACCAUAACUGUUUUACACCAUGUUUUUUGACCUUGAAGACUGGAGUAUUUUCAAAUUGUUACACUACAUGUUUUUUUACUAACCUCUCUCAUCAUACUUAUACCAAUUGUUACCUUGUUUUUCAUGUACCCUUUCAAAUUAUUUAUAAUAUUUACUCUUUUUUAUAAUUGCAAAAUACUUUUCCUUCCAUUGUAAUACUUAUCCCACUAUUAUACUGUUUAUUGUUGUUGUAAAUAUGUGUUGAAUGAUCUUGGAUCUCAGUGGAAUCCUAAUUUUAAUUACGAAAAGUAUUAAAUAAAAUCUUAAUAAAAUUAGAAACUACAAAAUGACUGAAGAGAUUAAAUGUGUUCUUUUUUAUCUCAUAUUUUUCAAAAUUAUGAUUAGUUAACCUUCUAGACGUGGAAUUCUGUCUUCCGCUAUAGAUCAUUCCUAUCCCAUCAGAUUUUCUCUUCUAUUUUUCUUUAAAGACUGUUGUACAGUAUAGGUGUGUGUGGGGGGGGGGCAUUCUUGAAAAUCAGCCCAUCAGCAGAAGGCCCAUACGUGUAAAUAAGCUUUCUAUCUUUUUAGCUUAAAAUGGAAAAACUGAUAACUUUAAAAAAAUUAAAAUAUUUGUCCUCAAGGCUUAUUGGUAUUAAAAUUUUAUAAAGGAUGUUGUUGUAAUUAGGAAAGGUUUCAUUAUAUUUCAGUGUUCUAUGUCACCAAUGUAAAUGAAAGUUAAUUUUUUGUUUACAAUGUGUCGAAUAAAAUUUAUUUAUUUGAGCAGUCAUUGAGAUUUAGAGCAAAUAAAAAUCAUCUGACAAA